GUCAUCUGGCCGGGAACAGCUCCACGCUACAAACCCCAUGAUGGCCGCCUCCGUUACUGUCACCGAGCUCGGCUUCGUGCAAGAAUGCGAACCUUGGCGGCUGCGUAGUCCCCAGUUCCCCAGUAAAGUAGGGGGGCGACCAGCCUGGCUGGGUGAAGUGGGGGUCCCCGGACCUGAAAGGCUGCAGUGCGGAGUUUGCAUGAAGCCCCUGGCUCUCCUUCUCCAGGUGUACGCGCCCUGUACUGGCAGCUUUCAUCGGACCGUCUUCCUGUUCACCUGCCGGGACCCCACGUGCCACCGGGUGGGCGAGAGCCGCGGCUAUAAAGUGUUUAGAAACCAGCUGCCAAGGAAGAAUGAUACUUACUCUUACGGUCCACCUCCGGAUUCACCCCCACAGUCUGAAGAAUACUUCACAAGCUUUCAGUUGAAAUGUGGUCUUCGGCUCUGUAGAGUAUGCGGCUGCCUGGGGCCCAAGUCAUGCUCAAAAUGUCAUAAAGUGAAUUACUGUGACCGAGUGCAUCAGCUAAUGGACUGGAAGGCGCAGCACAAGGCACUGUGUGGUCCACAGUUUGAUGCACACAGAGUUGAGGUUGCAGACCAUGGAUUUUUAUUUCCAGAAUAUGAGCUUGUUACAGAAGCAGAAGAGCUGGAUUCUGAUGCAAGUCUGGAUGAUGAUUCCACAAUGAGCCAAAUGGAUAUGGAGUCAUCGACAUUAAAUUCGUCAUCAAAUCUUGAAUCUUCUAUGGAUGAAUUGAAGUUAAACGAAGAUGAAUUGAAUGCAAUGGCAAAGCAUGAGAGUGAAGAAGACAAGGCUUUUAGCAGGUUCAAAAAGCGGAUUUCAAUUGAACCUGAGCAGGUCCUCAGGUACUGCAAAGGUGGUGAACCGCUGUGGAUUUCUCUCCAAAAUGUUCCAGCAGAAAAUGAUAUCCUUAACUGUGGAUGUGGAGCCAAAAGGGCUUUUGAAUUUCAGGUAAUGCCUCAACUACUGAACCAUCUGAAAGUGGAUAGCCUUCAGAAGAGCAUUGACUGGGGAGUCCUGGCAGUCUAUACUUGCUCUGCUAAUUGCAGUGCGGAAACACGUUAUGUCGAGGAGUUCCUGUGGAAGCAAGAUGUGCCAGAAGACACUAUUUAAAGUGCACAACAGCUACAGUUAUGUGCUAUCUAAAUGGACAUUGCCUUCUCUGGUAGAUCUGUUAAAUGGUUUGACCAAGUCUUGGUUAGGUUUCACAAAGAUUCAUGUGAUUGUCCCACAACUCACAAUGGAGACCUCCUUUACAAAGUUGUAGAUAACUAACAGUUUAUUUGAUGUGAGUUAAACUAAUAUGAAGGAGAUUGUAUGGCCUUAUCAGUAAAAGGGAAAUUGAAUUGGUUUCUAUGUGCAGCAUGCAUACUUCUACUCACAUCCCAUUAUGCUCUCCUUAGUUUACAUGAGGUGUGACAACAGUAGUUAACGAAGACGAAAUUAGUGAAAAUGUGACAUAUUGUUAUGAUAUGCCACAACUGUCUGAUAAGUGCGGACACCACCUCCUCUAGGACCCUGUCCAUCUCCAGAACAAGGCCCUCGAAGUGAAGGAGAGUUCACCACUCAUACACGGCGUCCUCUCCAUUCACUGCUAUGAGACUUUCGAAAAUGUCCAAGUAGGUGUCAAGUCCCCAUUGACUGGUAUGGGAGUUCCGAAAACAGGAGGAGUAAAGGCUUGGCUAUUUUCGGAAGUCCUAUAGCAGUGGAUGAAGAGCAAGCCAUACAUAUGCAGCAACCUCUCCACCACUGUGUGACCUCCAGAAAUAGGUGAGCCAGCAUUUUAGCUAUUUUUGGAAUUCCUGUGUCUGUGAAAAAACCCUUUUAAAGAAAACCUGUCACCGCUGAAGCCAGUCUUUGGCAGCGGUGCAGGUGACUGUCAAUGCCCUGGCCAGAUGAAAAAAGCAAGGACUAGAAGAUGGAGGAACAAUGGAGCCAGCAGUUAAAUAAGAAUUAUUAACAAUAGGCAAUAUCAUUUCCAGAACAUCUCUUUAAGAUAUUCCAAUCACAUUUUAGUGGAAAUUGUCUAAUGAUGAUAAUCCUAAUCUGUCUAGAACUAAACCAUAUGGCUGCAGCCCAAAGUGUUAUUUGACUGCACUUUAUUUGAUAGAGAAAUUUUGUUAUAAUAUUCAUAUCUUGUUGUAAAAAUGUUCUGUUUUUUAUUUGUAAAUUAUAAAAGAAUGAUGAGAA